CCCAUUACGUUGUGUUUUUCGUACCCAUUAUUCAACAGGCGUUCCCUCGUACGAACCAUGAAUCAUUGGAAGCAUCUUCUUGUCGGUAUUUUAGUGUGCUGUUUCGUGCAAAAUGCAUUUUCCAUUUCCUGUUUUUCGUGCGAACACUCGGACAGUGACAGUGUGUGUGAGGACAACCUGAUCGAGUGUGAUGCGAGUGCGGCAUCGCUCGGCAUGGCAAGGGUGGCAGCGUUCAAGCCCACCAUGCAGAUAAUCCAAACGUCAACGUUCAGCUGCUUUGAGCUGGUGGUGGAGGAUAAUUCCGCGGUACUGCGAACACGGGGCUGUGCCUACGAUGCCGUCGAUGUGUGUCCGGGUGAAGUGCGCGUGGGUGUGCAGACUGGAUGCCGAUGGUGCAACGAUAGCGACGGAUGCAACUCGGCGGGCAUCUUCCAGGUAAACGUGCUCCUAAUGGCGGUUGUACUUUUGGUGGGAAUUUUGCACAAAAUGUUUUAAAAUGAAACAAUAUUUGCCCAUUAGUGCGUAGACGAGAUUUAACAAUCAUACGUGAAAUGUGUAAGUUACAAUGGAAGUCAAUCUUGUCACAAAACAUUAUAAAACCAUUGCAUUGCAACAUUG